AGGCGAUAUUUGGAGGAUGGUCGCGGUUUUAUUUUGCUCUGCUCCUUGAUUUCCCGGAAGUGACGCAUGCGCUGAUUUGUGUUUGUUUUCCUGACAGUCGCGGCCGUGUUGCGCUUCAAACUGCCAGAAAUCAGCAGACAUGCAGAUGGAGCAGUCGGCGAAGUCGUACAUGUUUGCGAGUCUGACGCGGCCUCACUCCGAGCAGCUCCUGCAGGGUCUGCAACUCCUGCGACAGGACCAUGAGCUCUGCGACAUCGUGCUGCGGGUCGGAGACGCCAAGAUCCACGCGCACAAGGUGGUGCUAGCCAGCAUCAGCCCGUACUUCAAGGCCAUGUUCACGGGAAACCUGUCCGAGAAGGAGACGUCAGAGGUGGAGUUCCAGUGCGUCGAUGAAGCCGCGCUCAAGGCCAUAGUGGAGUACGCCUACACAGGGACGGUGUUCAUCUCACAGGAGACGGUGGAGUCUCUCCUGCCCGCCGCUAACCUCCUGCAGGUCAAGCUGGUUCUGAAGGAGUGCUGCAGUUUCCUGGAGAGCCAGCUCGACGCCGGCAACUGCAUCGGCAUCUCCCGCUUCGCCGAGACCUACGGCUGCCACGACCUGUGCCUGGCGGCCAGCAAGUUCAUCUGCCAGAACUUCGAGGAGGUGUGCCAGACGGAGGAGUUCUUCGAGCUGACGCGGGCCGAGCUCGACGAGAUCGUGUCCAACGACUGCCUGAACGUGGUGACGGAGGAGACGGUGUUCUUCGCGCUGGAGUCCUGGAUCAAGUACGACCUGACGGAGCGGCAGCAGUAUCUGGCGCAGCUCCUGCACUGCGUUCGGCUGCCGCUGCUGAGCGUCAAGUUCCUCACGCGGCUCUACGAGGCUAAUCACCUGAUCCGCGACGACCACACCUGCAAACACCUGCUCAACGAGGCGCUCAAGUACCACUUCAUGCCCGAACACCGGCUCUCGUACCAGACGGUGCUGUCCACGCGGCCGCGCUGCGCUCCCAAGGUCCUGCUGGCGGUCGGGGGCAAGGCCGGGUUAUUCGCAACGCUGGAAAGUAUGGAGAUGUACUUCCCGCAGACGGACUCGUGGAUCGGCCUGGCUCCGCUCACCGUGCCCCGCUACGAGUUCGGCGUGGCGGUUCUGGAGCAGAAGGUGUACGUGGUGGGCGGCAUCGCGACACACAUGCGUCAGGGCAUCAGCUACCGGCGGCACGAGAGCAGCGUGGAGCGCUGGGACCCCGACAGCAACACCUGGGCCUCGGUGGAGCGCAUGGCGGAGUGCAGGAGCACGCUAGGUGUGGUGGUGCUAGCGGGCGAGCUGUACGCGCUCGGCGGCUACGACGGACAGUACUACCUGCAGUCGGUGGAGAAAUACGUGCCCAAGGUGAAGGAGUGGCAGCCCGUGGCGCCCAUGACCAACUCGCGAAGCUGCUUCGCCACCGCCGUGCUGGACGGGAUGGUGUACGCGAUCGGCGGCUACGGCCCGGCGCACAUGAACAGUGUGGAGAGAUACGACCCGAGCAAAGACUCAUGGGAUAUGGUGGCGCCCAUGGCUGAUAAGCGCAUUAACUUCGGGGUCGGUGUGAUGCUGGGCUUCAUCUUCGUGGUCGGCGGGCACAACGGUGUGUCUCAUCUAUCCAGCAUUGAGCGGUUCGACCCGCAUCAGAACCAGUGGACGGCGUGUCGGCCCAUGAGCGAGCCGCGCACAGGCGUGGGCUCCGCUGUGGUCGAUAACUACCUGUACGUGGUUGGCGGUCACUCGGGCUCGUCGUACCUGAACGCGGUGCAGCGCUACGACCCGCUCACGGACAGCUGGCGCGACUCCAGCGGGAUGAUGUACUGUCGCUGUAACUUCGGCCUCAGUGCCCUUUGACCCCGGGCGCUCGGGUGACGCUCUGCCAGAGACCGCGAGGGGAAGGAGUGUGUGUUUCUCGCUCGCCGGCGAGGUUAGCGCCGCGCGGCACAGGGACGGUUAGCGCCGCGGCUCCCGACUGACACGCGGAUGAACAAGAGGCCGACAGCCUUCACUGACCGCUGAGAUCCUUCCCCUGAACAUUACAGGCUUCUCAUGAGGGACGCACGUGUGUGUGUGUGUGUGUGUGUGUGUGUGUGUGUGAGUGUGAGUGUGAGGAGGGGAGUCAGCGCUGUGCUCUGGAGGAGUAGCACGACACUCGUGAUAAGGGCUGCCUUCUGUCACUCGUGUGUGUGAGAGAGAGUGUGUGUGAAUGUGUGUG